UCAUUUUCUAUGCAUAUAUUCCUCUAGUUAGCCAUCUAUUAACUCAAAACAUUAACCUUACCCACCCUUCAAAUACAAAAGCUUGCUGCACCAUCCACCACUUAAUAUUACAUUCAACUCAUUCUCUCAAUUAUCUGACAUUUUUGCUGAAUGAUGUGUGAAGAAGGGAAGAGUUUCUAUGUAUGGAUGUUGCAAGUUAUAUGCCUCCUAGGUCUUCUUGUUCUGUGUCUAUGGUUGUCCUUACGACCGAAUAACCCAUCCUUCUCCAUCGUAUUAGUCGCUAUAGAUCGACCUUCAAAUCAAAAUGGCACCAUAUUUUAUAGCCUUGAAAUUGAUAACCCAAACAAGGACUCAAGCAUUUACUACGACAACAUGAUAUUGAGUUUCCUCUAUGGGCAGCAGGAAGAUAAGGUGGGGGAGACAACCAUAGGUUCAUUUCAUCAAGGAACUAGCAAGAACCGCAUUGUAUCUGACAUUGUUAGUUGCAAACCUGGACCAUUCAAACCUCUCUUCAAUGCCAUAUCAAAUGCAACCGCUGAGUUGAAGUCUUCCCUGACAACUAGAUAUCGAUACAAGACAUGGGGAAUCAAGAGCAAGUUUCAGAGAUUACUCUUGAAAGGUAUUCUGCCAAUUGAUUCUAAUGGUAAGCUUUCACAUAAGAAGAAGAAGUACCCGCUUACCCGUAAUCCCAAAAAACUGGGAAGGUCCAAAGUAAAGAAGCACUGAUCUCAUUUCCUUCACUGUUUUUUUGGCUUGGUUUUGUUGGUGUAAGCCCUAGAGGCCAAUUAUUUAUAAUUGCAUGAUACUUGUAUCGGAUAAUUUACUUAUUAAAUAAAG